CGGGGAGGCCGGCGCUGCUGCCCGCGGGCGCUGAGGGGGCGGGCAGGGAGCAGCAGCGGCGGCGGCCAUGGGCGAGACCGAGAGGCUUUAUUAUGUGUACAGCUGCGACCUGGACAUCAACGUGCAGCUGAAGAUAGGAAGUCUGGAAGGGAAAAGAGAACAGAAAAGCUACAAAGCUCUCUUGGAAGAUCCGAUGCUGAAGUUCUCAGGACUGUACCAAGAGACUUGCUCUGACUUGUAUGUAACUUGUCAGGUGUUUGCAGAGGGGAAGCCGCUUGCUCUUCCAGUUAGAACUUCCUACAAGGCUUUUAGCACUAGAUGGAACUGGAACGAAUGGCUGAAACUGCCUGUGAAGUAUCCAGACUUGCCUCGGAAUGCUCAGGUGGCUCUGACCAUCUGGGAUGUGUAUGGACCUGGUAAAGCCGUUCCUGUGGGAGGAACAACGGUCUCACUCUUUGGAAAAUAUGGUAUGUUUCGACAAGGAAUGCAUGACUUGAAAGUCUGGCCCAAUGUAGAAGCUGAUGGCUCUGAGCCCACCAAAACUCCUGGGAGAACCAGCAGUACAGUCUCUGAAGAUCAAAUGAGCCGCUUGGCAAAGCUCACCAAGUCUCAUCGGCAAGGUCACAUGGUGAAAGUGGAUUGGCUGGACAGACUCACCUUUAGAGAAAUAGAAAUGAUCAAUGAGAGGGAAAAACGAAGCUCCAAUUUUAUGUACCUGAUGAUUGAAUUCCGUUGCGUCAAGUGCGAUGAUAAAGAAUAUGGAAUAGUUUACUACGAAAAGGAUGGUGAUGAGUCAUCUCCAAUUUUAACAAGUCCUGAAAUUGUUAAGAUUCCAGAUCCCCAGAUGUCUAUGGAGAACUUAGUAGAAAGCAAACAUCACAAACUUGCUCGAAGUUUAAGAAGUGGACCUUCUGAUCAUGACCUGAAGCCUAAUGCAACUACACGAGACCAGCUUAAUAUCAUAGUGAGUUAUCCACCAACAAAGCAACUAACGUAUGAGGAACAGGAUUUGGUGUGGAAAUUCAGAUAUUACCUUACUCAUCAGGAGAAGGCCUUGACAAAGUUCCUGAAGUGUGUCAACUGGGAUCUACCACAAGAGGCAAAGCAAGCACUGGAGCUGCUGGGCAAGUGGAAGCCCAUGGAUGUGGAAGACUCUCUGGAGCUUCUGUCAUCUCACUUCACCAACCCAACGGUGCGGCGCUAUGCUGUCGCCAGGCUUCAGCAGGCCGAUGAUGAGGAUUUGCUGAUGUACCUGCUACAGUUAGUCCAAGCAUUGAAAUAUGAAAACUUUGAUGACAUAAAGAAUGGCCUGGAGCCGAGCAAGAGGGACAGUCAAGGCUCCAUGUCAGAAACUAUGACAACAUCUGGAUCUAAUGCUUCAGAAAUAGACAGUUCCCAGAUUAUGACUCCUAUUCCACCUGUUUCCUCUCCACCUCUUACUUCUAAGACAAAAGAGCUUGCAGAAAAUGAAAACCUUGAUCAAGACCUUUGCACUUUCUUGAUAUCACGGGCAUGCAAAAACUCCACAUUGGCAAACUACUUGUACUGGUAUGUAAUAGUGGAGUGUGAAGACCAAGAUACUCAGCAGAGGGACCCAAAGACUCACGAAAUGUACUUAAACGUGAUGAGAAGAUUCAGUCAGGCUUUGCUGAAGGGUGAUAAGUCUGUCAGAGUUAUGCGCUCGCUUUUGGCAGCCCAGCAGACAUUUGUAGAUCGGCUGGUUCAUGUAAUGAAGGCAGUGCAGCGUGAAAGUGGGAAUCGUAAGAAAAAGAAUGAGAGGCUUCAGGCAUUGUUAGCUGAUAAUGAAAAGAUGAAUUUAGCAGAUAUGGAACUUAUUCCACUUCCUCUGGAACCUCAGGUGAAAAUUAAAGGAAUAAUCCCUGAAAGAGCCACACUCUUCAAGAGUGCCUUAAUGCCUGCUCAGUUAUUCUUCAAGACAGAAGAUGGAGGCAAAUAUCCUGUAAUUUUUAAACAUGGCGAUGAUUUACGUCAAGAUCAACUUAUUCUUCAGAUUAUUUCACUCAUGGAUAAGCUGUUAAGAAAAGAGAAUCUGGAUUUGAAGCUGACACCCUAUAAAGUGCUGGCAACUAGUACGAAACAUGGCUUCAUGCAGUUUAUUCCAUCAGUACCAGUUGCAGAAGUUCUUGCUACUGAGGAAACUAUACAGAACUUCUUCAGAAAACAUGCCCCUAGUGAGACUGGUCCUUAUGGAAUCAGCGCAGAGGUGAUGGACACGUAUGUUAAGAGCUGUGCUGGUUAUUGUGUGAUUACUUACAUCCUUGGAGUUGGAGAUAGACAUCUGGAUAAUCUGUUGCUAACAAAAACAGGUAAACUGUUUCACAUUGACUUUGGUUAUAUUUUGGGCCGGGACCCCAAGCCCCUUCCUCCUCCGAUGAAGCUGAACAAGGAGAUGGUGGAAGGCAUGGGAGGCACCCAGAGUGAGCAGUACCAGGAGUUCCGCAAGCAGUGCUACACAGCCUUUCUCCACCUCCGCAGGUAUUCCAACUUGAUCUUGAAUUUAUUUUCCCUCAUGGUGGAUGCCAACAUUCCAGAUAUUGCUCUUGAACCUGACAAGACUGUAAAAAAGGUGCAGGACAAGUUUCGUUUGGACCUGUCUGAUGAAGAAGCUGUCCAUUACAUGCAGAGUCUAAUUGAUGAGAGUGUCCAUGCCCUCUUUGCAGCUGUUGUGGAGCAGAUACACAAGUUUGCACAGUAUUGGAGAAAAUAAGCUUUUUGCCUGCUCAUGGUGGAAACAAGCAAAUGCUCAAAACAGAGACUUUCUCAAGCCCUUGUGGACUUAACCAAACAGUUUUGGAAGGCAAAAGCUGCAGAUUUAAUAGUGUGAAGAACUGAGAACUCGGAAGGUAGAGAAGCUUUUUGAAUCUCUGUUCAUUAAAGGUUUAAAACCAACCAUUUUUUAAAGGAAUAUCAUUGUUUGUACCAUCCUUGGGAGCCUCAAAGGUUGACGUAAGCAACUUCCUCUCAAGCCAAAGAUAACUGGAAGAGGUUGCAUUUAAUGGUGAAUUCUUGUAUGUGUUAAUAUAUUUUCUUAUUUAAAAAUAGAAGUACAUACAAAGCUAAAGCAGGGAGGCUACAGUUUCUCAGUGCAGAAAAACCCCUCACAAAACUAUGGUAAUCCUCUCUCAUCCCUUCCCACCCACUCUGUUCCUUGAAUAAGUUUUAAAUGUAAUUCAUAUGAUCCUUUAUUUCCUGCCUUGGGCAAUGUUAUCAUUUAGAACGGACAGUCAUUUUUUGCCUGCUUACAAAGUGUUUUUAAGUACUGAUAAAUUACCCCAGCUGUAGGCAGCCAAUUAAAUGAUUACUAACAGGCUCACCAAUGGGAAUGCACAGUGAGCAGUUCAGUAUUUCACGCUUUAACUCUAAAUGUUUUCUGUACAGUGAUUAUAUAUUCACUCUAAUAAAAACCUUUGUUGUUGCAGUCUUGAGGUGUUCUGUUUUGUCUUUUUAAUCUCACUUGCUGAGACAUGGCACGCUAGAGGAUUAUGUUAGUAACUACUGUCUUUUUGCAAGGAUUUUCACUUCACAGUUUACUUGAUGCUGGAACAACACCACUCAUGAAAUUACUUUUGUGCCACAUGUUGAGUUCAUAAUGAAUCUGGUUUGUAUGAUCAAUAAUGUAAUUAGCUUUUCAUAAAUGUGUGCAUCUCUUCAAAGGGUGCUCUAAUAGUCCUGUAUUUUUUUAAAUAACAUUUUAAGUCAGGAAGAUAUCCUUCUCAAUUAAGAUAAGAGGGACCUAUUUGAAUGUGAAUCUGACUGGUAUUUGUGAAUCAAUUUUGCUUUGUGCUGUUGUCCCUUUUUUCUUCUGUAUGUAUGACCUAAGAACUGCAUUACCCUUGUUGCUUGGUGCUCAUGUUGUCUAGGAACACACAGUGCCACAGAGGAGCCACCAUAUCUUUAGCCCCUCUUAACUUUAGCUCACUCUUCUUUGGAGAAGUAGUAGUGAUCAUUUUCUUGUGGUUUGGUUUUUUUCUGUCAGACUUAUAUAUUCCUCAGCUGCCUCUGUUUCUCAUGAACUUGUUCUAUGUACAGUGCUUUGUGGCACCUUCCAAGUAUAGUUCUGAGAGCCUGGACUUCUCAGAUGUUCAGAGAGAAUUCUGCAAAAAAAAGGUCUUUUUCGCUCUUUUAAUACAUUUCUAAUGUGCAUCCUGUGUGCUCAGACAACUUCUGAUCUUUAUGAAGCAGCCACACUUCAUUUGACUUGAAUUCUUGUCUCUAACCCCAGCCCUUUCAACUGUACAUAUUGCAGGAUUUUUCAUCUAUUUCUUUUGAAGAAAACUUCCUGUUCUUCCUGCUUAAGUCUAAUUAUGAAGGAUAUGGACAUGACCCAGUGUGUACCAGUUGACCAGACAGGCCAAGGUUGUCUCCUUAUUAAAACCCAAAAGACAUCAUCAACUCGAUCCUAGAACACAUUUUUACUUUGCAGAGAUGUUUAUAAACUGUUAAAUAUUGACCUUUAUAAAUGCAUGGUUGUUCACUAUGUCUUGUGUUUUAGAAUUAGCCUGUUCAUAUGCUGGACUAUGCAACAGCCUAUUAAAACUGUAUUCCUAAGUUAUAAAUUUGAGCAUAUGAACCCAAGAGGAAUGUGAUUGCAGUAGGAGAGGCUUAGGAAGAGCCAGACUUCACUGUACUUCACUGUCUGCUUUUUAAAUUGAGAAUAUCAGGCACAGAAGCAGAAAAGCUUGCCUGAAUCAGUGGAAAAUAGUCCAACCAGUGUGUUCAUCUGUGUUUCUGCAUGUGGAGCGACUCUGCAUAUAUUUUCAGUGUAUUUUCCAAGGAAUUUUGUAAAACAGUGAGCACUGACAAACCCACUGGAUAUGUCUCUCAUCCAUCUAGUGGCUUUUUUUAGGCUGAUAGGCCUGUUCUGUUCCUAGCUCUUAGGAACCCUUAUAGAAUGAAGAACAGGACAGCACUGAGGCUGCUACAACAUACUAGAUGCAAGUAGAUUUAUACUUUAAGCCUUGUCUUCUAAAUACCAAGUAUUGUUGAAAAUUGAAAAACAUCAAUAGGUUUAAUUUUUUUAUAGUCUUAUAUAAAGUUCUGACUCUGUUUUGUAAAAUCUGAUGGCUCUUAGCACCUCAUGUGGCAUACUUUAUUUAAAAUAAAACAGACAGUUGAAAAGAAGAAAACCAAACAAGCUGCGUUGCUGAGGGGAAAUAAGUUACUUUGUUUUAAAUGAAAGAUUUUUUUUUUGGUAUGUUACUAAAAUCUUUGACUUACUGGAGUAUAAUGGGUUAUCUUUCAUGGCUUAAUAUCACUGUAUAACACCAUAAGUGUAUGAUGUGCCUGUUGUCUCUAAUAAAUUAUGAAUCCCUUGAAUAACUACAUAAAAUUC